AUGAAUAAUCAUCCACCUUCUAGACUUGAAUAAAACAAAUCCACGUAAGAAUCCAAACUAAAUACCUUAAGAAAAUAUUAUGAGCUUUCUUUAGAAUAAAGAAAAGAUCUCGAAUAUUUUACUCUUAUCAAAAAGUUCAUAAAUAAUUAAGAGGAAUAUCAUGAUACUGACUCUUCUAAUGCUUUUAGCUUAUCUGAGACUUCAAAUACUGUGUAUAUUGAAGGAAGUGAAUAACAAUAGAUAUGCAUAAGGAUGUUUGAUAUAAUAAGAUAAAUGAAAAGAGCAGUAAAAUAGUCUUAAAAAUUAUGUUCAACCAAGAUCAAAAAAUUGAAUAAGAUUGUUGAAAAGAGACAUAAAGAGAUCANGGUUAGUACUAAGGUGGGGGACCGCUUGGGAAGUCCUCGUGUUGACAACCCUUUUUAUUUUUUAUAUUAAUUCUAAAAUUUAAUUAUUUUAUACGAAUUAUUAAGAUUAUAAAAUAAUCUUUAAUAUUUAUACUAUUUUAUUAACAUAUUUUAAUUUUAUGUUUAUGACUAUUAAAAAUCAAAGUUAUCAACCUAUAUCAUAUAAGUUUUGAUGGUUUUUGAACAAUAAUCUUGA